ACUAUUCGAACGCUCUGCGCUGUACUUAGCCAGUCGCUGUCUGAAAGUCGCCUCAGUCUCGCGUCGCAAUUCGAGCGAUUCGGAAGCGUUUUCCCCACGUCCAACGAUUUCCACAAAAAUAAUAUAUACAUAUGUGUAUUGAAACUCUCGUCUGGGAUUGAUGUGAGCAAAUGAUGAGCCUUGCCAACCACACAAAAUAAAUCUGUAAUCUAAGUUGAAUCAACAAGAACGUUCGCAGACAGUACGCAGCAUAAAAUAAAACAUUCAAAAUGGAUAGCAGCAAAUUGUUAAAGAACGUCUACGGCAUCGACAUUCACUUCGAAGAUCUCGUCUACCAGGUCAACGUACCCAGACAAAACGAAAAGAAGUCUGUACUGAAGGGCAUUACAGGAACAUUCAAAUCUGGCGAGCUGACAGCCAUCAUGGGGCCGUCGGGGGCCGGCAAAUCUAGUCUAAUGAACAUCCUGACGGGCCUAACAAAGUCUGGAGUCAGUGGGAAGAUAGAGAUCGGCAAGGCCCGGAAGCUGUGCGGCUACAUAAUGCAGGAUGAUCACUUCUUUCCCUACUUCACCGUAGAGGAAACGAUGCUCAUGGCGGCCACACUUAAAAUCUCUAACAAAUGCGUCAGUCUGAAGGAGAAGCGGACACUGAUUGAUUAUUUGCUGAACUCGCUAAAGCUGACAAAAACGCGGCAAACAAAGUGCUCCAAUCUGAGUGGCGGCCAGAAGAAGCGUCUAUCAAUUGCCCUGGAGCUUAUAGACAAUCCAGCUGUUCUAUUUUUAGACGAGCCCACAACAGGCCUGGAUAGUUCAUCCUCCUUCGACACGAUCCAACUGCUGCGAGGCCUGGCGAACGAGGGGCGCACCAUUGUGUGCACGAUCCACCAGCCUUCGACGAACAUCUACAAUCUGUUCAACCUGAUCUACGUGCUCAGCGCCGGUCGAUGCACCUACCAGGGCACGCCCCAGAACACCGUCAUGUUUCUCAGCAGCUGUGGACUGGAGUGCCCGCCCUACCACAAUCCCGCCGACUUCCUGCUAGAAUGCGUCAAUGGUGACUACGAUGAUCACACCGAGGCCCUAGCGGAAAGCGCCAAGGACACCCGUUGGCGCUACGAUCAGCAGCUGAUGCAGGGCGAGUCAGCGGAGCCGCCCAGCGAAGCCCAACUGGCCAAGUUCAAUGAGUCACAGUCGCCAGGGCAUGCUCAGGUUCAAAAGGUCGAGAUACAGAGCUUGGACUCCUCCAAGGAACUGACGCGGCACACAUACCCGCCCGCGGAGUGGAUGCGGUUGUGGCUGCUCAUUGGACGCUGCCAUCUACAGUUCUUUAGGGAUUGGACACUCACGUACCUGAAACUUGGGGUGCACAUAAUCUGUGCCGUAUUGAUCGGCUUAUUCUUCGGCGACUCUGGCAGCAAUGCCACCAAGCAAAUCUCAAAUGUGGGCAUGAUUAUGAUCCACUGCGUCUAUCUCUGGUACACCACCAUUAUGCCGGGAAUAUUGAGAUAUCCAUCCGAGAUAGAGAUCAUCAAGAAGGAAACUUUUAAUAACUGGUACAAGCUACGAACAUAUUACCUGGCCACCAUUAUCACUUCCACUCCAGUUCAUAUUAUCUUCUCCACGGUAUAUAUCACGAUAGCAUACCUCAUGACCGAACAGCCCGUUGAGAUGGAUCGAUUUGUGAAAUACCUUCUCUCAGCCGUGGUGAUUACCAUCUGCGCCGAUGGCUUGGGCGUGUUCCUGGGCACGGUUCUGAAUCCAGUUAAUGGAACCUUUGUGGGUGCCGUUUCGACGUGCUUUAUGCUGAUGUUCUCCGGUUUCCUCAUUCUGCUGAACCACAUUCCGGCCGCGAUGCGGAUCGUCGCUUCAAUAUCGCCUCUGCGUUAUGCCUUGGAGAAUAUGGUCAUCUCGCUGUAUGGCAACCAUCGGGAACAGUUGAUCUGUCCACCCACGGAGUUCUACUGCCACUUCAAAAACGCCGUGACUGUGCUGCGCCAGUUUGGAAUGGAGCAAGGCGACUUUGGCUACAACAUUAUGAUGAUUCUUGGCCAGAUAACGCUGUUCAAGGUGCUGGCCUACUUCACGCUGAAGCACAAAAUCAAAAGGAUUUAAACGAGGACUUUAUAGUGUAUGCUUGUAGUAUUGGGCUUAAUAUGGGCUUAAUCGAAUGUGAUUUUACGUUACUUAUCGCUUAGUUGCAAGUAAACCCAACUCUUUUAUAUCGGCGUGUGAUACUUUAAGGGCCGGUAUCUCUACUUCGGGUUAACAUUUAUCCGAACGUUAAAGUAUCCGAUAACGAAAAUUUGUUUUCUCAAAGGCUCAUGUGGUUGACAAAAAUCAACCCUGGUCAAGCAAAAGAAGUUUGUUUUUGGCAAAAUAUAAUUAAAAAUAAAAAAUAAAUAAAAAUAUUCUAAGGCAAUGCGUACCAUAAUUUAUCUUUCGACAUUUUCCAAAAACCACGUCGCGAGCAAAAGUAAAUAAUCAGAGCAGCCCUGUGUCUUGCGCUCCUCAGCACCGGUACCGUAACCCGAACUCGAGAUAACGGCCCUAACAAAUGCAACAAACCCAUUGCAAUGCUAAUGCUAACUUUUGCUGCAAACCCCCUAAACAUAGCGACCCAUAGUUGUAUACUGUUUAUGUACGGCUUAACCACAUCUGUAUGUAUGUUUAUGUAAAUUUAAUGAUCUUUCUAGUUAACCUAGAUUUAAGCGAGACCUGUGUCAACAAACGGAAUAUACAAAACAUAUAUGUAAAACGAUUCCUGUUGUCUUGAAACUAACUUUUUUAAAUGGGAACACACAUUUUAUUCUACUCUA